AUUACCACUCCUCCUCCUCUCAUUGAGACCCACACCAUCUGACCACGAUCGCACCCCUGCGAGUGGUGAUUCCUAGCAUUCUCAUCCUUCUCCCUUUGCGCUGCCAGUCGUAAUGGUAGCGAGCACAUCGGCCGCCGGCCUCCUCUCGCUCCUCGAUGAGCCAGAGGCAGAGAUCCAGGCGUACGCUAUCGCUGAGCUCGACAAGAGCGUCCAUCAGUUCUGGGCUGAGAUUGCGGAUAACAUCGACAGAAUCGAGAUCUUGUCAGAAGCCUCUUCCCCUCUCGACUCUGCAACCCGCAACCUCGCCUCCCUCCUAGCAUCGAAAGUCUACUUUCACCUCGGCGAGUUUGACGAUGCUCUCACUUUCGCCCUUGGUGCAGACGAGGCCUUCAACGUCGAUGCGGGCGACGAGUACACCGAGAGCAUCGUCUCCAAGGCUAUCGAGUCGUACAUCGAGCAGAACUCGGCCACAGACGGCCCACAGCCAGACGCUAGACUCGUCAAGAUCGUCAAUUCUAUGUUCACACGGUGCAUCAAUGCUGGCGAGUACAAACCCGCCAUCGGCAUUGCGCUCGAGACGAGGCGACUCGACACAAUCGAGGCAGUCUUUGAGCAUACGGGCAGGAAGGACCAAGAGCUCCUCAGCUACACGCUCGAGGCCGUCAUGGGAAUCGGCGGCGUGGGCUUUGUCUUCCGCCAGCAGGUACUGCGACUUCUCAUCAAGCUCUUCCAGUCUCUCCCUCACCCAGACAACUUCUCCAUCGCCCAAUGCUUCGUCUACCUUGGUGCGCCCACCGAGGUUGCGGACUUGCUCCUGAGCCUCGUCAAGCAAGGCCACGAAGCUGCAUCUGCCUCCUCGACGGCCAAUAGCGAACGCGAUCCUCUCCUCAUCGCCUAUCAGUGCGCCUUCGACCUCGCAGAGAGCGCCACGCAGGAGUUUCUCGAGACGGUCCGAGUUGAUCUUGCGUCCAAGGCCGGUGGUGACAGUAGCGCAGGAGAGAUGCAGACCGACGACAAUGCCGCAUCAUCAUCGUCGACUGUAGCCGGUUGCGUGUCGCGCAUUCGCUCUAUUCUCCUCGGCGAAGAGUCAAUUCAGCUCUACCUGGACUUCCUCAUCCGCUCUAAUCACUCCGACCUCACUGUCCUCAAGUCGGUCAAGGAAUCCCUCGACGCCCGCAAUUCCAUCUACCACUCGGCCAUGACCUUUUCCAACGCCUUCAUGAAUGCCGGUACCACCAGCGACCGCUUCCUGCGCGAGAAUCUCGACUGGCUGGCGAAGGCGAGCAACUGGAGCAAGUUUACAGCUACAGCUGCGCUAGGUGUCAUCAACAAGGGCAACCUCAAGGAGGGUCUGACCAUCCUGCGACCUUACCUGCCGCAGGACGGUUUCACCUCGAGCGCCUACUCUGAGGGUGGUUCACUUUUUGCCCUUGGUCUCAUCCACGCCAACCACGGCACCGAGGUAAUGGACCUCCUGACCAACCAGAUUAAGACCAACGAGGGUGAGAUUGUCCUGCACGGCGCCGCCCUCGGUAUCGGCGCGGCAGGCAUGGCGACCGGCAGCCUUGAAGUUUACGAGGAGCUGCGCAAUCGAUUGUACAGCGACAGCGCCGUUGCAGGCGAGGCGGCAGGCUAUGCGAUGGGCAUGGUGAUGCUUGGCACGGCCAACCAGCGUGCUGUGGAGGAGAUGCUCCAGUACGCCCACGAGACGCAGCAUGAGAAGAUCAUUCGCGGUCUUGCCAUGGGUCUCGCACUCCUAUUCUAUGGGCUGGAGGAUAAGGCCGACACGAUGAUUGACACGCUUCUGGGCGACAAGGACCCCAUCCUGCGCUACGGCGGUGUCUAUACCAUUGCGUUGGCCUACGCCGGCACGGGAGACAACAAGGCGAUCCGCCGCCUGCUUCACAUCGCCGUCAGCGACACCAGCGACGAUGUGCGUCGCGCAGCCGUCACCAGCUUGGGCUUCCUCCUCUUCCGCAACCCCACGCAGGUGCCACGCAUUGUUCAGCUCCUCUCGGAGAGCUACAACCCUCACGUCCGCUACGGAUCCACGUUGGCCCUCGGUAUCGCCUGUGCCUCCACUGGCCUGGACGAGGCUGUCGACCUCCUCAUGCCAAUGGCAAAGGACCCGGUCGACUUUGUAAGGCAAGGAGCCUACAUUGCCCUGUCUCUUAUCAUGCUGCAGCAGAAUAGCGAGCUCAACCCUCGCGUAACGGAGAUCCGUGAGCUCUACAGCAAGGUGCUUGGAGACAAGCACGAGGAGCCGAUGGCCAAGUUUGGUGCCGCUCUCUCCUCUGGCCUGAUUGAUGCAGGAGGACGAAACGUCACCUGCUCCCUUCAGUCGCGCAUCGGCGGGAACAACAAUAUGAUGGGCAUCGUGGGAAUGGCCUUGUUCACGCAAUUCUGGUACUGGUUCCCCAUGGCACACUUUGCCUCUCUCGCCUUUUCCCCCACCGCCCUCAUCGGACUAGACAGGGAGCUGCGCAUUCCGGACUUUGAGUUUGUAAGCAAUGCGCGACCCAGCCUGUUCCGCUACCCGGAGACGACCAAGAAGGACAAGGAGAAGAAGGUCGAGAAGGUGGAGACGGCCGUUUUGUCUACCACGGCGAGGGCAAGGCAGAGGCAGAAGGCCAAGGAGAGGGAGAAGGCGGUCAAGGAGGGGAUGGACGUCGACGAUGUCAAGCCUGCCGUAGGCGCUGGCAAGGCCGACGCAGACAGCGAGAUGAAAGACGCCAGCACCGAUACUCCCGCUUCUGCAGCCAAGAAGCCACGUCGCAAGCCCGCCGAGCCCACCUCGGAGCGUCUGCAGAACUAUUCUCGCGUCACACCUGCUCAAAGCAAGUUCGUCGCCUUCCCCUCGGAUUCGCGCUACACGCCGGUUCGCGCAGUGCAAGGCAUCAGUACGACGAAGACGAACUUCCACGACGAUUCGGCCAACCCUGUGGGUGUGAAGGGAGCUCUCGGUUUGCUGGGCAAUGCAACGCCUAAGCAAGGGGAGAGCGGAACGGCUACCCCGCUUGGGCAGCAGAAGGAUCUCAAAGCUGGGGCACAGGCCAGUGCCGCAACUGCGAAGCCAGCCGCACCGACGGGUGCCACCACAGCUGCUGCGUCCGCUCUGACGCCAGACGAGAUCCGCAAGCUUCGCUCUCGCUCCUCUGGCGGGUCAGGGGCAGGCAUCCUGUUGCUCGUGGACCGACGCUCCACAGACUCGUUCCGUGGGCUGCGAGUAAGCGGCGGCGAUGAAGGAGGCGACGCCGCUGCUGCGGGUGCUGCCAAUGGAGCUACUGCUCCCGCGGGCAAUGACGAGUUGAGCGAGGCGGACCGUGCGGCCAUUGAGGCCGCACUUGCUGGUGACGAUGAGAAUAUUGGAGAGGAAAAGGCGAACAUUAACAGUGUGCGUGAUCAGCAGGAGCAGGGUAGAAGAGAUGGGCCUGGCGGUGGGGCUGCUCCUGGAGGUGGAGGGCCGCCGGCUGCGCAUUGA